UAAUCAUCAAGUGGGGCCACUUGGAUUGUCAAACAAAUGAUCACAGUUUGAAGAGUGCCUCCCAGUAGUAAUCUUGUGACCGCAGCUUACCGGCUAAAAGUUCUGCAGAAAUGGCAUCCCUCACCAGGAAAAUCAUCUCCACGGCUCUUGCUGGGAAAGUUAGCGCUCCGUACAGCCAAGCUAUCGUGGCUGACCGAACUGUCUACGUUUCGGGAUGUUUGGGCUUGGACAAGGAUACCUUGAAGCUCGUUCCUGGUGGGAUUGGACCAGAAACAGCCCAGGCCCUCACAAAUCUCCAGCAUGUACUGGCUGCAGCCAAUUCGGGCAUCGACAAGGUCGUUAAGGUCACUGUGUUUUUGGGAGACAUCGGCGACAUGCCAAAGUUCAACGAGGAGUACAAAAAAGUCUUCACACACGACUUUCCAGCUAGAUCGUGCUUUGCAGUAGCCAACUUACCGCUAAAUGGAAAGGUGGAGAUUGAAGCCAUCGCUCUCACUGGCGACGUGAAGACAAUCUCAACAUGACGCCAGAAGUCCAAUCUCUAGAAGCUGCCUUAAAAAAAUCUCUCGAUUUAUGCUUCGAUAAUAAAUGCCAUUUCCUGCUAAA